CAUGCUGCUGUUGAAGUUCCUGGAAAGAAAAGCCCCUUUGAGACUCAGCAUGACAAAAACCUUUUUUUUUCAACAGUCAAGCAAAUAGUUACUGAGAGCAUUGUACCAGAAGGUUAUGGCUUGCUCCCUGAUGAGCAAGGUGAUGAUGCAGCCAUGAUUGAAGUCUUACAAUUUGGAAGGCACGGAACAAAAUCAAUUACCGUCUCAUUAAGUGAUCCUAUCUGGGAAGCUUGUGCAACACUUUGGUGUCAAGGGUUAUCAGCAUUAUCUUUGUUCGAAACAGAAGGAUACUUGUAG